AACUGACACUAGGAUUGCUGUAUGUAUCACAUGGAUGUAUAACCAAUGUGAUCCUGCAAUCUGUACACGUGGAAAAAUGACAAUUCAUACCCUAUUUGAAUCAAAUGUAUGAUAUGUCAAGAUCAUUGUAUUGUCUUGAACAGCUAAUAAAAAAUAAAUAAAAUUAAAAAAGAGAAUAUAACACAAGCUUAUCAUAUUAUCUUGUGAAAGAAUAUUCUGUUGUGUUAUCUUCAAUUAUUAAAACUUUUGGUUAAUAUGCAUCCUAAAGAAAAUAAAAGAAGGUUUGGAAAUGGAUCAUGAAACCUGGGUUAAACAGAACAGGAAGUGUGGAAAGGUUGAUCCAGGGCAGUGUUGUUUGUGAAUAAAGCUCGUGCCACUGAGAAGGACUGAGGACCUUCAGUGUUUCCUUUGAAGCUGGGUAGCCAGUAUCUUUCUGAGAAAAGAGCCUUUGGCAAUCUGAAGAUACAAUCAAAUUUUGCUUCUGGAAAAAAUACCCCAAUUCAGCCUCUAUUCAUAUUUACUUUCCUUUCAUCUUUUUGAGUUGUAAAGUCCAAAGUCAUUGCUCUAUAUUGUGUUUCUAUUCUCACAUGGCUGUAUGAGGUGUGAUUUUCCCCUGACAUUAUGAUAAGCUAUUCUUCUCUGGAAAGGAUACCCAUCAGGUAUGUCGACAUCGGUCACUCAUUAAUCAUUGCUUAUCUGAGUGAAUCAUUGACAGUGUAUAAUCAUUUUUAUGAAUUGAUGAAUGCAGGAUUACUGUUGUAUAUAAAAUGCUUGUACUUCCGCCUACUGUAUCCCUUGAGCUUUGUGUCCAAGCAGCUGGAUUGCAGGGGCUCAGCUAUCCCAUGGCUCCUGGUCUUUUGCCUGCUGCCCUUCCUCUGUGUGUGUGUGUACUGCUGGCAUGUGGCUCUGCCCAGGCAGGCAAGCUGCUGGUGGUGCCCAUGGAUGGCAGCCACUGGUUUACCAUGCGGUCAGUUGUGGAGAAACUCGUCCACAGAGGGCAUGAGGUGGUUGCUGUCAUGCCAGAGGUGAGUUGGCAACUGGGACAGUCAUUGAAUUUUACAGUGAAGACAUAUUCAACUUCUUACACUUUGGAGGACUUGGAACAUGAGUUUAAAGUUUUUGCUGAGACUCAAAUGAAAAAAUCAGAUGAAAGUUUAUUGUCUGCAUUAUUGGAUUCAAACAAUGGGUUUUUUGAACUACAUUUUACCCAUUGUAGGACUUUGUUUAAUGACAAGAAGUUAGUAGAAUACUUACAGGAGAGCUCUUUUGAUGCAGUGUUUAUGGAUCCUUUUGACAUGUGUGGUCUAAUUAUUGCCAAGUACUUUUCACUCCCAUCUGUGGUCUUCACCAGGGGAGUGUUCUGCCAUUACCUUGAAGAAGGUGCUCAGUGCCCCAGUCCUCUGUCCUACAUUCCCAGAUUUUUAAUGAGGUUCUCAGAUGUCAUGACUUUUAAGCAGAGAGUAGAGAACCUUAUAAACCACUUGGGGGAGCGUUUAUUUUGCCCAUAUUUCUUGAAAACCACCUUGGAAAUCGCCUCUGAAAUUUUCCAAUCCCCUGUCACACCAUAUGAUCUCUUCAGCCAAGUAUCCAUUUGGUUGCUGCGAACUGACUUUGUUUUGGACUAUCCCAGACCUGUGAUGCCCAACAUGAUCUUCAUUGGUGGAAUCAACUGCCACCAGGGGAAGCCACUGGCCAAGGUACGUGUGUCUCCCUUAGCACACGGAGGGAACCCUGGCUUUGGGUGUUAAGAAAGAUUCCGUCCUGAGUUUGAUUCUUUAUUAAUAUCCAUUGUAUUUGUAAUUUUUUUCUGGGUUAAAAUUGUUUUGUUUCUAUUCAUAACUGUGGAUUAGCAAGUUUUAUAAAGCUGUCCUCAUUGAUAUUUAUGUGCAUAUCAGUGAUGGGAUUUGUGUCAUUUCUAAGCUCAAUUUCUAAAUCUGCCACAGAAAAACCCCAAGAAACACUUGCAAGAUAUUCCUUUUUGCCAAUUAUAUAGGAAAGUAUUCUGAGCAGUUUUGAAUGCAUACUUUUCUUUUUUUGAAAUUAUUUUAUAUGUAUUCAUGUAUGUAAAGCAAACCUUACACAUAUUUUAUUAAGUAAUAUCUAAUAAUGGAGCUGCGGUUGUGGCUCAGCAGUAGAGUGCUCUCCUAGCAUGUGCAAGAUGCUGUGUUAGAUCCUAAGUAGAGUGCUCGCCUAGCAAGUGUGAGGUGCUGUGUUCAAUCCUACGCAUAAAAUGGAUAAAUAAAAAUAAAGGUUUUAAAAUAUAAAUAAGUAAUAUCUAAUAAUAAAGUGUACAUGAGUUCUUUACCUUGUAUUUCACUUGGAAUGUAUUGUAGUCAUGCCCACAAUCUAAUACUUAUAAUGUGUUCAUUUAGUAAUUGCAUUGAAAGCUUUAAACUGUUUUUCUUUUGAAUCAACCAAUAGUGAUAGUUAUUUAGACUUUUUCCACAUCUUUGAACAAGACUAUAAACCACAUUGUAAAUGUGUAAAACACAUUCCUUUAUUUUUUCUUCCACAUCAUGUUUUAUUUUUUCAACUCUUCUAGAAUCUUUUCUGCCAGCU